GAAUACCUUAGUGAGGAGCAACAAUCUUCUUGAUAUCGUCUGCGAAAGAGAAGUGGAAAAACGACAUUCUAUGAAAUAAAAGAAUGACUAAAGGACGAAUCAUAUUGCAAUGAUAGAUUUUAGAAAUUGUAUGGUGGGGUGCAUGUAUGUCCGUUUAGCAUAUGACACUCGACCAGAAUUAAUCUUGCAGUUAUUUACUCGAGAAUGGAACCUUGAGUUACCAAAAUUAUUGAUAACAGUUCAAGGUGGGAAAGCAAAUUUUGAACUACAAUCGAAAUUGAAAAAAGUUCUUCGGAAGGGUCUUUUAAAAGCAGCAAAAACCACUGGAGCAUGGGUCUUUACAGGAGGGACAAAUACAGGUGUCACAAGGCAAGUUGGAGAUGCCUUACUUAUGGAGCGCUCUCAAAGGAGUGGACGGGUUGUGAGCAUUGGUAUUGCUCCAUGGGGAAUUGUUGAAAAUAAUCAUGAAUUAAUUGGUCAUAACAGAGAUGUUCCUUACCACUCCAUUUCAUCUCCCAGAUCUAAGUUGGCAGUUCUAAACAACAGGCAUGCGUAUUUCUUGCUGGUUGAUAAUGGUACAGCAGGGAAAUAUGGUGCAGAAAUAGUUCUUCGUCGCAAACUUGAAAAAUACAUUUCUAUUCAAAAAUUGCAUCCAUGCACUCAUUGCAGUACACCUGUGGUUUGUUUGGUGAUAGAAGGGGGAACAAACACUAUACGAGCUGUACUUGAAUAUGUCACUGAUACUCCUCCUGUUCCUAUUGUAGUUUGUGAUGGAUCAGGAAGAGCUGCUGAUCUACUUGCUUUUACCCAUAAGUACGCUUCCGAUGAUAGUGAAGAGCAAACUGUUUUAGAAAGUAUGAAAGAGUAUUUACUAACAACUAUUGAAAGAACAUUUGAAGUUGGGUCUGAACAAGCUGAACGUCUAUAUUAUGAACUUUUACAAUGUACCCGUAAAAAAAACUUGAUAACUGUCUUUCGGAUUACUGAUCGUGGGGAAAGUGGUCAAGAGCUAGAUCAAACAAUUUUAACAGCUUUGUUUAAAAGCCAACAGUUAUCUCCUUCAGAACAACUGAGCCUUGCCCUAACUUGGAAUCGGGUUGAUAUUGCACGCUCUGAAAUUUUCAUUUAUGGGCAAGAAUGGCCUACAGGAGCACUUGAUGAAGCCAUGAUGCAGGCUCUUGAACAUGAUCGUAUUGAUUUUGUCAAAUUACUACUAGAAAAUGGAGUGAGCAUGAGAAAAUUUUUAACUAUACCUCGUUUGGAAGAGCUAUAUAAUACAAAACAAGGACCAUCUAAUACUCUGGGUUAUAUUUUGCGUGACGUAAGACCUCAUAUUCCACGUGGAUAUGUUUAUACCCUUCAUGACAUUGGACUUGUUAUUAAUAAACUGAUGGGAGGAGCUUAUAGAUCUCAGUAUACCCGAAGAAAAUUUCGCUUAAUAUAUGCUAAAGUUAUGAAAAAAUCACCCCAUGUUCAUCGGAACAGUUCAUCUUUUAUUAAAUAUUAUGGAAAUGCUAACUUAACCCUCAGUUUAUUGGCAGAGACUCUACCUGCUUCUAAAGAAAUGCCAUUGUUUGAUUACCCUUUCAAUGAGCUUAUGACAUGGGCUGUUCUAACAAAACGUCAGCAUAUGGCUUUACUUAUGUGGCAGCAUGGUGAAGAGGCUCUUGCAAAGGCAUUAGUUGCAUGUAAGUUAUAUAAAGCAAUGGCUCAUGAGGCUGCAGAAGAUGACUUGGAAACGGAAAUCUAUGAAGAGCUUAGGAACUAUGGGAAAGAAUUUGAAACCAUAGGAUUGGAACUUUUAGACUACUGUUAUCGUCAAGAUGAUGACCAAACACAACAAUUAUUGACCUGUGAACUUCAAAAUUGGAGUGGACAAACAUGUUUAAGUUUAGCAGUUGCAGCUAACCAUCGACAGCUGCUUGCCCACCCUUGCAGUCAAAUAAUUUUAGCUGAUUUAUGGAUGGGAGGUUUGAGAACACGAAAAAAUACUAAUAUUAAAGUGAUAUUUGGAUUACUUGUUCCAAUUUAUAUAGCAAAGUUAGAGUUCAAAUCAAAAGAAGAACUACAAUUGAUGCCACAAACUGAAGAAGAACAUAUGACUGGGCUAGAAGAGGAAAAUGAGAGCACUGAAGGCUUGAAAGGUCUGGAUUCUCAUAGGAGUGAACAUGAUGUGGAAGCAUUGAUAGCACAAGAACCAACUGCUAGAGACACCAUUGUUACAGAGAAUGGGCAAGUUAUAGCAGAUAAUAGCAGUAGUUCUGAUGGUGGAAGUCAGUUUUUGCCACUUCCUAAAGAAUUUUAUGAUUUAAAGCCAACUAGACCUUUACGACUGAAAAGGAAACUUUAUGAAUUUUACACGGCACCUAUAGCUAAGUUUUGGUCUCACUCUAUUGCAUAUUUGGUUUUCUUAUUCAUCUUUAGUUAUGUGGUACUGGUCAGAAUGGAAACAUAUCCUUCUUGGCAAGAAAUGUAUUGCAUUGCUUAUAUAGCAACGCUUGGAUGUGAAAAAAUAAGAGAAAUAGCUUCUUCAGAACCAGUUGCCAUUAGCCACAAGUUUUCAGUCUGGGCAUGGAAUAUGUGGAAUCCAUGUGAUGCUAUUGCCAUUAUAUUUUUUUUAAUUGGCCUCUCUUUGAGGUUGAAACCUACUUCAAUGGCUGUGGGAAGAGUUAUGUUUUGUGUUGAUAUUGUAUAUUGGUAUCUUCGAAUUUUGAAUAUAUUAGGAGUUAACAAAUAUUUAGGACCUUUAGUAACAAUGAUGGGUAAAAUGGUCAAGAACAUGAUAUAUUUUGUUGUUCUUUUGCUUGUUGUACUAAUGAGUUUUGGAGUCUGUCGCCAAGCAAUUCUUUUUCCUGAUUCUGAUCCUAAUUGGUCUCUUGCUAAAGACGUUUUUUUUCAACCAUAUUUCAUGUUAUAUGGAGAGGUGUUUGCUGAUUCAAUUGAUCCUCCUUGUGGUGAUGAACCUGGAAUGGAACCAUGUCAGACUGGUCGUUGGAUAACUGUUGUAGUAAUGUCAACAUAUUUGCUAGUUGCUAAUAUAUUACUCAUUAAUCUCCUGAUAGCAGUGUUCAAUAACAUUUUCAUUGAAGUUAAUGCUAUAGCUCACCAGGUUUGGAUGUUCCAGAGAUUUACUGUUGUAAUGGAAUAUGAACAAAAACCUGUUUUACCUCCCCCUUUAAUAACAUUUUGCCACAUUUAUUUAUUAUUUAAAUUUCUUCGAAGAAAACUGAAAGGUGUUCAAGAAACUUAUGACAAUGGUUUAAAACUCUUUUUGGAUUCUGAAGACUUAGAGCGACUGUAUGACUUUGAAGAAGAGUGUGUAGAAGGAUAUUUUCGGGAAAAAGAGUCAAAAUUACAACAAUCGACUGAUGAAAGAAUUAAGCAAACAACUGACAAAGUUGAUCAUAUUUACCAAAAAGUAGAAGAUAUAAAUCAGAAAGAAAAUACUCAAAACUCUACUAUUCAGUCAGUUGAUUUUCGUCUCCGAAAACUGGAAGAAAUUGCAGAACAAACAACUAAAACAUUGGGAGUUAUACAUCGUUUCAUGGCAAUACAUAGUCGUUCAGAUCUUGAAUUUCUUCCUGAUCUUGCAAGACCUCGAAGAGCCAGUGAACAUUCAGAAGCCUUUUCAGAGAUAUCUGAUACUAAUAACUUAACUGUUGACAAACCUCGUAGAAAAGGACUACCUGUAAGAGCAAUGACUGAGGUUAGGUCAGAUUAUGUUGUUUUUGAGCCAUAUCAUUGUAUUACAAAACAGACUUCAGCUGCCAAAACUGAAAAACUUGCUAAAAAUGGUUGUACAGAAGGAAAUUCAGAUGACAAGAUUUCAGAAGAAUGUGUUGAAGAAGAUAUAUAUGAUGCUGGAAUGCCUAGUAGUGAAGGAAGUUCAUUACAAUUUCCUGUUCAUCGUCAGUUAUCUCAAACACACUCUGAACCUGAUACUGCUAUAACUGAUUCUUCAAGCCGGCAUGUUGGUGUCGAGCGUUCUGUAACUUGGGCUGAACCUAGGAUUAAAGUCAUACCUCCCUCUUCUCAUGGAAGGUCCAUGUUAAUGGCUAUGCAUACUGAAUAUACCAGUAUCACAGAUGAACUUGAAACAGUCUGUGGGUUACUUAGUCCCCCUAAGUCUCCUAGUCUACUUACACCAGCAUUACAUGCCGAUAUACAACCGUCACCUUCUGGUACUAGACGGUCUCGUCAUCAUUCAGAAAUGUCUAACCCAGAAAUGGCUCGGUUUUUGGAAAAAGAACAUUUGAGAGAUGCUGAGGACAGUGAUUAUCAGUUAAUGGAAGACCUAAUACAGCGACGUUUGAAAUCCUCUAAAGAACGAUACAUGUUAACUUCCACAAAUACUGAAUCUGAACGCUACCAGGGAAAGUUAAGAAGAGCGAGUGCUUUUGAGGCAGAUUUACCUACACCACACGUCUCUGCAUCGAAUACUCCUGCAGCACAAAGUCCAGUAGAUCCUUCCACAAGUCAAAUGUUUCCAAUCAGAACUGACUCCACAUUUUCGAUUGAUUCAACAUUUUCAGCUAAUAAACUUUUUAAAAAUGUUCAGAAAGAAGUUCAACUGUAAUUAAGUUACUUAAUAUUAUUUUUAACAGAAACAGAAAUUAGUUUAUAAAUAAAAAAUAUAUAGAUAUGACUGAUUAGUUUAUGACAAAAUGCCAUAUUAACUUGCUUAAAGGGAUCAAUUUUAACAGUUUGAUCUUUUUUAAAAAAUUACUUUUAAGAACUGUU